AUGAUGCAAGAAUCUGGGACUGAGACAAAAAGUAAUGGUUCAGCCAUCCAGAAUGGGUCUAGCGGCGGCAACCACUUACUAGAGUGCGGCAGUCUUCGGGAAGGGCGGUCCAACGGGGAGACGCCGGCCGUGGACGUGGGGACGGCCGAUCUGGCCCACGUGCAGCAGCAGCAGCAGGCACUUCAAGUGGCAAGACAGCUUCUUCUCCAUCAGCAACAGCAGCAGCAAGUUAGUGGGUUAAAGUCUCCCAAGAGGAAUGACAAGCAGCCAGCCCUUCAGGUUCCCGUGUCAGUGGCUAUGAUGACACCUCAAGUUAUCACUCCCCAGCAAAUGCAGCAGAUUCUCCAGCAGCAAGUGCUGAGCCCUCAGCAGCUCCAGGUUCUCCUCCAGCAGCAACAGGCCCUCAUGCUUCAACAGCAGCAGCUUCAAGAGUUUUAUAAAAAACAACAGGAACAGUUGCAGCUUCAACUUUUACAACAACAACAUGCUGGAAAACAGCCUAAAGAGCAGCAGCAGGUGGCUACCCAGCAGCUGGCCUUCCAGCAGCAGCUUCUGCAGAUGCAGCAGUUACAGCAGCAGCACCUCCUGUCUUUGCAGCGCCAAGGCCUUCUAACCAUCCAGCCAGGGCAGCCUGCCCUUCCUCUCCAACCUCUCACUCAAGGCAUGAUUCCAACAGAACUGCAGCAGCUCUGGAAGGAAGUGACAAGUGCUCAUACGACAGAAGAAACCACGGGCAACAAUCACAGCAGUUUGGAUCUGACCACGACGUGUGUCUCUUCCUCUGCACCUUCCAAGACCUCCUUAAUAAUGAACCCACAUGCCUCUACCAAUGGACAGCUGUCAGUCCACACUCCCAAAAGGGAAAGUUUGUCCCAUGAGGAGCAUCCCCAUAGCCAUCCUCUCUAUGGACACGGUGUAUGCAAGUGGCCUGGCUGUGAAGCAGUGUGUGAAGAUUUCCAGUCAUUUCUAAAACAUCUCAACAGUGAGCAUGCGCUGGACGAUAGAAGUACAGCCCAAUGUAGAGUACAAAUGCAGGUUGUACAGCAGUUAGAGCUACAGCUUGCGAAAGACAAAGAGCGCCUGCAAGCCAUGAUGACCCACCUGCACGUGAAGUCUACAGAACCCAAAACUGCCCCUCAGCCCCUGAAUCUGGUAUCCAGUGUCACCCUCUCCAAGUCUGCGUCAGAGGCUUCUCCACAGAGCUUACCUCAUACUCCUACGACGCCCACUGCCCCCAUCACUCCCGUCACCCAAGGCCCCUCCGUCAUCACCACCACCAGCAUGCACACGGUGGGACCCAUCCGCAGGCGGUACUCAGACAAAUACAACGUGCCCAUCUCUUCAGCAGAUAUUGCGCAGAACCAAGAAUUUUAUAAGAACGCAGAAGUUAGACCACCAUUUACAUAUGCAUCUUUAAUUAGGCAGGCCAUUCUCGAAUCUCCAGAAAAGCAGCUAACACUAAAUGAAAUCUAUAACUGGUUCACACGAAUGUUUGCUUACUUCCGACGUAAUGCUGCCACGUGGAAGAAUGCAGUGCGUCAUAAUCUUAGUCUUCACAAGUGUUUUGUGCGAGUAGAAAACGUUAAAGGGGCAGUAUGGACAGUGGAUGAAGUAGAAUUCCAAAAACGAAGGCCACAAAAGAUCAGUGGUAACCCUUCCCUUAUUAAAAACAUGCAGACCAGCCACGCCUACUGUACACCUCUCAAUGCAGCUUUACAGGCUUCGAUGGCUGAGAACAGUAUACCUCUAUACACUACCGCUUCCAUGGGAAACCCCACUCUGGGCAACCUGGCCAGCGCGAUCCGGGAAGAGCUGAAUGGGGCGAUGGAGCACGCCAACAGCAACGAGAGCGACAGCAGUCCGGGCCGAUCCCCUCUGCAAGCUGUGCAUCCUGUACACGUCAAAGAAGAGCCCCUGGACCCCGAGGAAGCUGAAGGGCCGCUCUCCCUAGUGACAACAGCCAACCACAGUCCAGAUUUUGACCACGACAGAGAUUACGAAGAUGAGCCUGUAAAUGAGGACAUGGAGUGA